AACACACUCAUUCAGGAAGCUAAGACAUGCUCAACAAACUGUUGAAGGGCUCAGGAAAUAAGCAAAAUUCAGAGUAUCCCGAAAAAUUGAGAGAAUUCUUGUCACAUGCCAAGUCUGAGUUCCAGGAAAGAUGGGAUGCCCCCACCAAGAACACCGCGUGCUUGGACGACUUUGACAGGAUAAAAACUCUCGGGACUGGCUCUUUUGGGCGGGUCAUGCUUGUUCAGAACAAGAAAGAUUCCAAUUACUACGCCAUGAAAAUCCUAGACAAGCAGAAAGUUGUGAAACUGAAACAGGUCGAACAUACGUUAAACGAAAAGAGAAUUUUACAAGCUGUUAAAUUCCCCUUCCUCGUCAACUUGGAAUACCAUUUCAAGGACAACUCGAACCUGUACAUGAUAUUAGAGUUUGUGCCUGGUGGAGAAAUGUUCUCACACCUCAGAAGAAUUGGAAGAUUCAGCGAGGCGCACUCCCGAUUUUAUGCUGCUCAAAUAGUACUGGCAUUCGAGUACUUGCACAACCUAGACAUAGUUUACAGGGAUCUGAAACCUGAGAACCUCCUUAUCGACCAAACGGGCUAUCUCAAGGUUACAGAUUUCGGUUUUGCAAAGCGAGUGAGAGGACGAACCUGGACUCUGUGUGGAACCCCUGAAUACCUUGCACCGGAGAUCAUUCUGAGUAAAGGAUACAACAAGGCUGUUGAUUGGUGGGCACUAGGUGUUCUGAUUUACGAGAUGGCGGCUGGGUAUCCUCCAUUCUUUGCCGACCAGCCCAUCCAGAUAUACGAGAAAAUCGUCUCAGGGAGGGUGAGAUUCCCUGCUCAUUUCACUCAAGAUUUGAAGGAUCUGUUGAAGGCACUGCUUCAAGUGGAUCUGACAAAGCGAUACGGUAAUUUGAAGAACGGAGUAUGGGAUAUCAAGCAAAGCAGAUGGAUGCAAAGCAUCGAUUACAUAAGUGUUUACGAGAGAAAGGUGGAGGCGCCCUUCAUCCCUCGUAGUCGCGGACCUGGUGAUGCCAGCAACUUUGACGACUAUGAAGAGGAACCACUCAGGAUAUCGGCGAACGAAAAGUGCAUCAAAGAGUUUGCAGACUUCUAGCGUAGCGAGACUUAUAUAUUGAGAUUAGCUUAUAUCUAUCCUGUGUGAGAGUGACAAGAUCAUCAAGUUGAACUUGAAGAAUCAAGGUGAAUUGAGUCCUCGUGUUGAGAAGCACGCCCCGUGCCGUGUAGCGCGCCGCGUGCCGUGUGUACCGCUCUAUGGUCUAGUAGUGUCGAUUGAACGUGCCCUUUAGACUUGCAAUGAUAAUAGUAUUAUCAGUUGAUAUAAACGAGAUGUCAGGGAAUGCUUACUGAAUACUCGUCUUACUGUGUCUAACUCAUUGUUUAAUAUUAUGUUAUAAGGAUGUUUAAUAUAAUGACUUCCACUUUGUUCCUUUUGGAAUGCCACUAAUAUAUUUGAAUGAUGGCCUUUUGUUAAUAGUUUUAAGUUGUAGAUUAACUAGAAUCAAGCACUGACGUAUUGUAUCAAACUGAGAGCUCUGCUGUACUGUAGAACACCUUUGUUUUACAGUGGAUCUAUGAUAUAAAAUUUGAUUAGUAAUUAAUUAAUUAUUAGUUUAUCAAUUGAUAAUUAGUUAAUUAGUGCCGCUCCCCUUUUGGAAUUCCCAUCACAUGCCAUGUUGACUCAAUGUUUAAUGUAGAAUGUAAUAGUACACGUUGUUUUCCCAAUACACUUCUGUUGCGGCAAUUUCUUAAAUGUCCAGUUAAAUGACAUGAUAGGGGUAGCAUAUAAUGAUUACAUUAAUAAUAUUAAUAUAAUACGAAAAUUCUUGAAUUGGCCGUAUACUGCUCGUGGCAAUAUUCAAUAAGGUGCUUAUAAUUAUACUGCAAUAUUAAAGAUUUUGUUUUUAUCAGUUAUUAUAAUUGUUAUUGACAGUUUUUAAUUCUCAUCUCACCUAUUCUUCCAACGUCACUCCAAUCUAUUUUUCUUCAGUUUAAUCCUGAUACAUUCGGAAAAAACGUAAAAUUAGUUCUCAUAUUGUUGACAUUAUUAACAUUUUGUUAUCAUAACAAGCUGUAUAGCGCACUGUUCUAGUUAUACAUGAUUAAUUUACUAGUGUGACUCUGGCUACUUGAUAUAUAAUAUAAUGUCUGUGAACUCUGAAUGCCAGUACUUGUGUCGGGGUGAUUUUAAUUUUUACAGCUACUUUCUAGAAGACUAGCUUUCUGUGUCGUAAAGUAACCGUUUACUAGCUGCUGCACCGGAGCGUCACCCCUUUAAAUUAAUUGUACAUUGCAGAGUGGCUAUUUGAUCUUGAAAAUGACACAGAAAGUGGCAGUAUUUUCCGCUUAGUAAAAUUAGUUUUCACGUGCUACAAAGUUGAAAUUUCGUAUUACCGAUUUGACGGCAGGAAAAUUUGAGGUCAUCCGAGAGCUGAAAAAGUCGCUCAAUUACGUUCCACAACUGGUCACUAAUUUUCUGCUUCAUAUCGGAGAGUUAACACUCAAAGAAUUUAUUUUUGUUGGAAGAUAUAAUACAUUAUAUAAAAAAUGCAACGUAGUAAAUGUUAUUAAUAUAAAAUAUUCUCUCUUCUGAAAGUGUUAUGACAACAUGUAAUGUUAUGUAUCAAUAAUUAAAUUGUUUUCAAA